AUGAAAAUAAAAUUAAAUGAUACAAACAAUGGAGUUAUUAUUUUCACAAAAUGUGAUUCUGAAAAUCUGGUUAUCAUUAAAUGUUUAAUACGAUUAAAUGAAGAAAUUGAAGAUUUCUUCUCACAAAUUGCUAAGAACGAAGUAAAAAAUGGGAAUUGUUUCAAAAAGAUAUCAAUAACAAUGAAUAGGGCUCCAACUGAGAAUGUGACUAUAUUUAUCAAAAGGCUUUCUUUGAAUCUGAAAAAACAUAUCGAAAAUUUUAUCAAAUUAAGAUUUAACGAAAACUUUAAAAUAGAAAUUAAUGUAAAAAUAUAUGAUAAGAAUUUGAAUGAUAUUCAAAAUACAACGCUAGAAGAUAUUAUUAAUAAUGAGAAUCUGGAUAUUGUUCAAGUUAAUAUAGUGGCAAAUAAUGAAAAAUGCAAAGAAUUUUACUAUUUACUUAAGAAGAACGUACCUUUGGUUCAAUCUGUGGUUUUAAAAAACGAAAUUAGAUUGGGAUUUCCAAUAGUACCAAAUAUAACAUUUAUAAAAGGUGAUUUAAGCCAUUUUUCAUAUAGGUGGUAUUUACAAUAUAAUGCAAGUGAAACAAAAACAAAUCAUGAUAUAUUAUCGAAUCUUCCAGAAAACUUACUUGAAAUUGAUCAAAAUUAUAUUUGUGACUUGAAUUUAAUAUUUGCAAAUAAAGAAGAAAUUGACAGAGUAAUUGAAAACAUUGAAAACUAUUCGAUAAUAUUCAGGAUAAUUCUAAAUUCAGAAAUUUCCCAAUUAUUUGAUACAAUAUACAGGUUUAAUCAUAUUAAUAAGCCAUUGGAACCAAGUUGGAGAGAAGAAAGAAUAAAUAGUUUUAAAAAUGACUUGAAAUUAAGUCCUGAACUGAAUGUAAAUAGAUUAAAAAUAGUAACUUUCAAUAUUUUAUCAGAAAUUUGUGCCCAAACAGACAUGGCUCUAAAUGAAAUGUAUACAAAAUGCCCUAAAUAUGCAUUAAAUUCAUAUUAUAGAAGAAGUUUAUUGGCUAGAGAACUUAUUGAUUUAGAAGCAGAUGUAAUUGGUCUUCAGGAAGUUCAAUCGUGUUUAUAUGAGUCAUUUAUUCAUAUAUUAAUGAAAUUUAAGGGAUACUCAGGAGUUUUCCACACUGAAUAUGCCAAUAUCUCAACAUUUUAUAAACAAGAGUUAUUUAAUAUAUUAGAAUCUGAGACACUACUUUUCAAAAAAAUACUGGUUCAAGACUAUCCAGAGAUUAAUAAAGAAAUUAAUAUAAAAUGGCCAAACUUUACAGAGUGUUUACUAGAUAAAAUUACAACAAUAUUUCAAAUUACUGUGUUGGAACAUAAAAUUACGAAAGUGAUUUAUUUGUUUGCUAAUACACAUUUCUACUACCAUCCUUUAGGAGGACACAUAAGAAUUCUUCAAGCAAAGCUGCUCAUGGACUUAAUUGAAAAGUACCUAAAAAGAUUGAGAACAGACUUUCCAUCUAGGGACAUUUUCUCUUUUAUAUUAGGUGACUUCAAUACACUUGCAAUUUCAGAUGCUAGAACACUUUUUACUGAAGGUAUUAUUACUUCAAAUUCAUCUGAAUGGGGUCAUUCUGCGCUUUUUAAAUAUAAAAAGAAGAGAGGUUUAGAUAACAAUAUUGAAUAUGAGAGUAAUGGAAAUAAUGACAAAGAAGGUUUAAUUAAUAAUUCUGAGUUAAAUAAUCUGGGUUUCGAUUUUCAAACCAAUCACAAAUGUAUUGAUUUACUGGAUAUUUAUUUGGACAGAAAGUAUAAAAACAUUAAAAUUCGUGUUAAAGAAAAAGAAAGAAUUGAAAAUUCUGACUCUAAAGGGUUUAAUAACAAAUUAUACUAUCCUUUUACAAACAAGGUUGAAGGAUUUUCUGGUCAACUAGAUUAUAUUUAUUUAGUGGAAGAAGCAGGUUUUUCUGAUAAGUAUGUCAUUUUUUUGAACAAUUAUUUACCUUAUGUUAAUGAAUCAAUGUUAAUUCCUAUUAAUACCCUUCCAUCUCCUCAAUAUCCCUCAGAUCAUAUCUCAAUAGGGGUUGAUAUUUCAAUAACUAAGAAUGCAGAUUAA